AUGGGUCGUGUACAGGGCGAGUACCCAUUAUUUUUACCAUGCAAGCAUUCGAUUACUAGCUUGGUAAAAAAGAGAGCACAUGCACAAACGCAUCAUGGAAUGGUUGGCUUAACAAUGUCAAUGUUUCGUGAGCACUAUUGGACAGAUACCCUACGUAGCCAAGUCAAAAGAAUAAUAUACAAUUACAAUUGGUGUAAAAAAUUCAGUUGCAAACCACUGCUCGCUCCAUCAACAGAUAACAAAAGUAGUUAUCUCUUUGAAACUGUUGGUUUGGACUUUGCUGGUCCAAUCGAAUAUAAAGUCAGCAAAGAGUGUUACAGAAAAUCAUAUAAUGUAUUGUAUACUUGUGCAACUUCAAGAGCAAUCCAUUUGGAUCUGCUAAAAACAAUGGAAAAUAAAUAUUUUAGACGAAGCAUAAUAGAAAUGAUUGCAAGAAAAAGGACACCUGCACUUAUAAUAAGUGAUAAUGCUAAAACAUUUUUCAGCACUGCGAGGUGGAUCCGUCGAUUACGAAAGGAUUCGCAGAUAAAUGAAUACCUAGGUGAAAUGAACAUAAAAUGGCAGUUUAACUUAGCAAGAAGUUCAUGGUGGGGAGGCUUCUUUGAAAGAAUGGAGGGUUUGGUAAAACGAUCGUUACACAAAGCAACUGGAAAGCUUUGCCUAUUUUCCAAAUGUCUGAAAGUAGUUUUAAAUGAUAUUGAAAAUACGUUGAAUAACCGACCAUUAGGAUACAUCGAAAACGAUAUUCAACUUCCAGUGUUAACACCAAACAUAAUUUUACACGGAAAAAGUAUUACCAUCCCUUUCAAAAAUAUAGAUGACGACAAUCGAGAGUUUAACGAAAAAAGAGAUAUAGACGUUUAA